UACCCUUGCCCCCAAAUGCAAUCUACAAUCUCAGAGCUGCUAAGGAAGCUGCCACUCGCCCGAUUUGCUCGUAGCAAGUAUAGUUAUGCAUACGUGGCAUCGGUUUACGAGCGCGUGUGGUCUCUCCGCUGCUUCCGAGACUAUAAGUUUGCAUUCCCUCGUGAUAUUUGUGCAAGUGCUUCCUGCCUGACCCAAAGUACACCUUACGUUUCUCUAUUUUGUCUCCGAAAAGGGCUUUUAAUUCUCCUCUCUCUUGCUAAAACCGAACCCCCGCUACAGAGAGAGAAAGAGAGGGAAGGUUCAGCCUUAUCCAAUUUAGGGUUUCAGAUCAUCAUCGCCCAGUUUCUAACGCAUCGGAACCCUAAUUUAGGAUCAGGUCUGAGCAAUCUGGUUGGUAGGACCUUCAAUCCAGGAGAGCUAAAUUUCAUGUCUGAAUUAGACGCUCAGAUUCCUACUGCCUUUGAUCCGUUUGCUGAGGCAAAUGCUGACGACUCAGGUGCUGGAGCAAAAGAGUAUGUUCAUAUUCGCAUACAGCAGCGGAAUGGUAGAAAAAGCCUUACAACUGUCCAGGGAUUGAAGAAAGAAUUCAGCUACAACAAGAUACUUAAAGACCUCAAGAAAGAGUUCUGCUGCAAUGGCACUGUAGUCCAAGACCCAGAGCUCGGACAGGUUAUUCAACUUCAAGGUGAUCAGAGGAAGAAUGUAUCUACCUUCCUUGUUCAGGCUGGUAUCGUGAAGAAGGAGCAUAUCAAGAUUCAUGGUUUCUGAUCUGUUGGGAACUUGAUAAUCAACUCUUACCUGCCUCAGUUGAGCCAGGCUCUUAUGCUUUGCUAUUUACAUGUUUGAUGGUUGUAGUCUUAGUUUUCUAGUGACUCUUAUGUGGGAUUAUGGAAGCUUUGACAUUAUAUGUCAUUGUCCUCAAUAAUGUGUGUCAAAGAACUUUAAAGCGGUCGUGCAAGAUAUUCCAAUUUCGUAUUUCGGAUGA